AACGUGACUCGGCGGGAAAACAAGCAAUGAAAAUGGCGGGUGUCUCAUUAUCGAAAGAGGCCCUGGAGGCCUACGUCGUCUCUGCGAAUGAUGUUGUGCACUUCAAGUUGGUUAUGACGACGGAUGACAUCGAAGAUGAUGACAUUGCCUUUAAUCCGGAGAUGUCUCAUCAAAUCUUCGGCGAGGGGGAAAGCAUCUUUGGCUACCGGGACUUGCAGGUCAAGCUGUACUAUGGCAGCUGCUCACUUACUCCAUACCUUGGCAUGUCCUACACGGAAAAGAUUGAUCUAAAGAAGAGUGACGGUCUCAAGGCUGAUGAUGUGCUCAAAACCGUCUUGGAGAAACUGCCUUCUGGUGUUCACACAAACAUAGAUGAGUUUGUGUCCGUACUUCCCAAAGAAACCACAUUCCGACCAUUUGGUGAAUUACUUCACUCCUUUAAAAUUGGAAAAGGUGGCCUGUCGCGUACAUUUGAGCUGUACUCAGCAGGCGUGACGACGCCUGGCUUUCUGGAUUAUCACGCUCGCAUGCAGAGCUUCAUCCUGUGGUUCAUUGAUGCAGCUUCGUACAUUGACUCGGAUGACGAGAAGUGGGAGUACUUUGUCCUGCAUGAGAAAAGGGUUGUGGAUGGAGUCACAUGCUACCCCUUCGUUGGCUACGCAACAGUGUACAGAUACUAUGCUUAUCCAACCCACAUCAGGCCAAGGAUCAGCCAGAUGUUAGUUCUACCUCCAUACCAGAAGAUGGGCUUGGGUACAGAGUUGCUCCAGGGAGUAUACAACUUUUACAGAGACCGAAGCGACGUGCUGGACAUUACAGGUAUGGAAGAUCCUUCGGAGGUUUUCACACGACUCAGAGACUUUGUCGAUGCCAGAAACUGCUUGAAGCUUGCUUCAUUUGCGAAGGAACACUUGCUCAAAGGCUUCUCUGAAGAGAUGUGGAAAGAAGCCCAGCAGAAACUGAAGGUUAACAAGAAGCAGGCACGGAGAGUAUACGAGAUUCUUCGAUUACGAGCAACAAACACUGCGAAUGCCAGCCAGUACAAAGCAUACCGCCUGGAAGUGAAGAACCGGCUAAACGCACCUUACCAGAAGCAAAAGACUGAUGUUGAGAAGCUGCAACGGACGAUGUCGCCGGAGGAGUUCCGUGCGACGCUCCAGUGCCUGAAUGCAGAGAACCGCAUCGAGCAGCUCGAGAGUCAGUACAGGGAUUUGGAGUUGGAGUACAGGCGCACCAUCGAGCGCCUCGCCGUCGCUCCGAGGAGCUGAUGCGGCGGUGCCGCCACCACAACUGUGUGCGCUGUUCAUCCUGUGUUUGGUGCGUGCGUGUUUGCCUGCUUGGUCGUCCAUGUUCCGCAUGUUGUCCUACUCAAGGGGAGACUGCACGCCGUGUGCCACUGUUAUUCAAGGCGACAACACCGUCUUUGUAGCACUGUCAUGUUUGAAGCGUUUUUUUUUUUUUUUAGAUCUGACUUGAGAGGAAGCCUCUAUCUGAAUACAGGGAAACUGAGGAUUUUGUAGUGCUCGGCGUCGAAUAAGCCAGUUUCAGUGAGGUUUAUUGCAACUUAAAUGACAAAGUUAAAGUGCGUCGUGUGCUUGGCACUUCCUCUUAAGACCGUCAGGAAUUGAUGUGAAUGGAAGUCAUGUGUUAUUGCACCGGUUAUGGAUAUAUGUCUGCUUAUUGUUGCUUGACAUUUCUGGGAGCACAAAAGCUGUUGAUUCAGCUCAUGUCAAUCCAGUCUGCUAAUACAGUCGCCAGUGCCUAAAUAGACAAACCUGCUCCCAGGUUUUGCGAGCUAGCUUCCUCCCAGGGUUGCCUGCAGCUGUUGAAGCACUCACGCCAAGAUUGACCACCUUGCAGAGUUUCGUAAGGAGGUGUGCAUCUGCACGAAUUGCCAAUAUGCAGAUCUGGCUAGCAUGAAAAUGAUUGAUGAGAGUAGCGCGUGGAUUUGCAUUAACUUUUUCCCACUGGUUUUGAUUGUAUUUGUAGCCUUUCAUACCCUUUGAUUCGUGAGGUUACUCAGAGAAACUAGUGCAAGCAGAACAGACGGCAAAAAUGGACAGAGGACAGCGGCUGCUUUUUCGUCGUCUGCUCUGUUUUUGUUCUCCUGAACAUCUCCCCCAACCGGUGCGGUAUAUUAACCGGCUACAGUUCCUAAGGUUACUUUGCCAUUGGUAAAUUUGAUGCUUGGCAAACUACCAGAUGAGGCAAAAUGGUUAGCCUUAUUUAGUCUCCAACUGCUGCUACCCAACUGUUUUCAGGACUUUACAGAGAUAACAAUUAUUUCUUUGAGAAUAUCAGAAGCUACUCAUUGUAGGUGGUGCCAUUUGAAUGUAACCUAGAUUUACUAGCUCACACACUCUCAAGUGUCGUGGUUUAUUAAUUGAUAUGAAAUUACAAACUAAAGCAAAUUUUAUGUAUGUGAAACACUAAGCACACCUUAAAAAAAAGUUUAAAAGCAACCACACAGCACAGUUGUACCCCUAACACAAUAAAGGAAACUUGCAUUGGGUUUUCUAGCGAAGCCAUGGAAAACGAUAGAAACGUCUGCAUGCUACUACCUUUGAUUCCCACAUUGUUCAAAUGAUUUUUUUUUAUUCUAUAGUUUAGGGCACAAAAAGGAAACAGUGGGCAACAGUUGGGCCCAGUCUUUUAUCCAUUAUUGUUUGAGAUGGCAUGUGUGAUUGCCAAUGUAGGCCUUGCAUACGUUAGCAUGGGUCCUGCAAGGGCAAUGUUGACCCAGCGUUUGGUUUCCUUUACAGUGUUAUUUGUAAUGUCAUGUGUUGAAAAACAUUGGCUCGAUUGCAUGGCACCGGCCCCAAGUUAGACAAUGUUGGUCCAGACAUUGGUCACCCUUACAUUGUUACUUGGGAUAGCAUGAAUGAUUGAAGUGCUGAACUUUUCUGUGGUAAACUUGGCUAGAAACUGUGGAUAACCUUGAUGCGUGAGAAGUUUUGCUUAAAAAAAGUAUACUCUAGGCUAAAUAAUGUAUGCCAUCAUUAUUUGCAAAGAAUUUGGCUAGCUAAAAGAGGGCUAUAAAAUGCUAAUGUGUUCCCUCUUUCGCAAAUGUAGCACACCAAGUUUUUUUCAGUAUUAGUGGCUCGUGCAGUUAUAUCUUUUUUUUUUUUUUAGUUUCAUGGUUGAAACAUAAAAACAGACAGUUGUGCUCAUCAGCAUGCGGUAACUUGUACAUUUGUCACAGUCAACUAGUGUGAAAGGGUGGGUGAAAACAAUCAUCUUAUAUAACCAUGUAGCCUGAAUAAUUAUUUAGACUCUGCUGUGGUGUUGAGGAUUAUCUGUAAGCCUUAACACAUUCAUAAUUUGUGCUGCUGUACUUGCGGGUUAUUUCUGUGCGCAGCUGUAAUCUUGUUUUACUGCACGUGUUGUUCAAUUUCUUUGAUUUGUGGUAAUAAAAAUAUCCUUGUGCUAUCCAA